CCGCCUUCAACUAAUUCGUUUUGGGCAUCCUCAACUUCCUCUCGCUUCCCUUUCAGUUUUUCAUUUCUCCUUUUAUCUGUUGUUACUUAAAUUGAAAUGCCAGACGACGGAGGUGAUCGUGCUAAAUCUGUUGAUACUGGGAGGGGCAUACCCAGAUCGAAAGUUGGUAAUAUUUUGCAUUCUGAUCCUAACAUGUCUUCCACCAUCCAUGAUAAUGACGAUUUUUCUAUUCGUAAUAGCAGCGCUUCGGCUGUGGCUCCUGGGUCUUUCGACUCUAAUAGAUUAAGCUGUGAAGGGUCUCCUAUGACCAUGUCACCCUGGAAUAAUACAACUUCUAGCAACAAAUCUCCAUGGAAUCCUUUUGACGAAAAUCUUUCACAGAAUGGACUUAUCGGUUCUCUUGUUCGUGAAGAGGGUCAUAUUUACUCAUUGGCUGCCACUAAGGAUCUUCUUUACACUGGUUCAGAUAGCAAGAACAUUCGAGUGUGGAAGAAUUUGAAAGAGUUUUCUGGGUUUAAGUCCAGCAGUGGUUUGGUGAAGGCGAUUAUAAUAUUAGGGGAGAAGAUUUUCACGGGUCACCAAGACGGGAAGAUUCGUGUUUGGAAGGUUUCUCCAAAGAAUCCAAGCGUACACAAGCGCUCUGGAACUUUACCAACAUUAAAGGACAUAUUCAAAAGCUCCAUCAAGCCAAGCAAUUACAUCCAAGUUCGAAACCACCGAACCGCACUCUGGAUCAAACAUUCUGAUGCCGUUUCGUGCUUGAGCUUUAACGAAGAUAAUACCCUUUUGUACUCUGCUUCCUGGGACCGAAGCUUCAAAGUGUGGAGAAUCUCAGACUCUAAAUGCCUGGGAUCUGUCAGCGCUCACGACGACGCUGUUAACUCCAUCGUAGCAAGCAGCGAAGCCAUGGUGUUUACAGGCUCAGCUGACGGAACUGUCAAAGUGUGGAAAAGGGAACAGCAUGGCAAAACUACCAAGCACAAUAUGCUUCAAACGUUGCUGAAACAAGAGUGCGCGGUUACAGCUUUGGCCGUUAACCCCUCCGGUUCGGUGCUUUACUGUGGUUCCAGUGAUGGGGUGGUGAAUUUUUGGGAACGCGAAAAGCAGUUGGCCCACGGUGGGGUCCUUAAGGGCCACAAGCUUGCGGUUCUGUGCCUCGCGGCUGCAGGGAAUUUGUUGUUCAGCGGAUCAGCGGAUAAGAGCAUCUGCGUGUGGAGGAGAGAGGGAAGUAUUCACAUGUGUCUUUCAGUGCUGACUGGGCACACCGGGCCCGUCAAGUGCUUGGCGGUGGAGGAAGAUCGCGAGCAAUCAAAAGAUGGAGAUCAACGUUGGGUGGUGUACAGUGGGAGCCUGGAUAAGUCCAUUAAGGUUUGGAGCGUUUCUGAGUUGGCUCCUGAUGUUAAUCAGAUGGCCGUGAUGCCACAACAACAAAUGCCUGAUGAGGAACCUGCACCGUCCGAUGGAAUCGACGGAGCCGGCGGUAAUAUAUAGUCAUACGGGACUAUUCGAUCUUCAGUGGAGCAUAACUAGUAAUGCACGAGUCUUUAAAGAUCUCAAAAUUGCCCAGCGAGACGUGGUGGGUGUGGUUGAAGUGGAGUUGAUUUGCUCGCGGAGAAGAAAAAAGGAUUUGCAUUCAUGAGUCAUGACGAAUUUGGUUUUGUAUAUUGUGUGGCUAAUAUUUAAUAGCUUACUGCUGAGAUUGUAAAGUUUCCUCUGUAUUUUUUUGUGAUUUUAUGAUUCCAGGUGAGAAUUUGCAGGGGGGGCUGUGUACAAGCUGAUUUUAAUAAAUGUAUAAUUAUGUAUUUUCAGUGAAUUUCUUAUUUGCAAUGAACCUUUAUAUUUGUUUACA